AUGACCUCCUCUUUGCCUCGUCGUACACCAUGGACGUCCAGUCGAGCCCUCAUCGCGCUUCACGGUCAGCUGUACAGCUCGGAUGUGUUUCAGCGUCAAGCAGGUCUGGGCAUCAUCAGCCUCUGGUUGAACCGCGGUCCAUGUCCCGCUUCGGUCGAGAGUACAUCCGCGCUCAUUCGCGCUCAGAUGCUGCAUACACACCUCCUGCCGUCGCCUUCACACCUUUCUUCAGGCUACGGGGACGUGUCAUCGAUGUCGCAUUCAACGUCUAUCGCGACGAUGAACGUCAGGACUACAUAUGCCAUGGCCAUCGUCAGGUUUGUAAAUUCCGUGGUGGAUGCGCAUCAGAACGGCAUGUUCGCACAGAGCAUCGCAAGCAUUGCUAGACGCAUUGGGUUGCCUACUUGGUUCGUCGAUCUACGACACGCGGCAACGCACGAAGACCUGCCAAGUCUGCAAGUCUUGCAGGAUGCAGCCGCCGAAGUGAGUUGUUCAGCGCCCGCAUCUUGCUUCACCAUUGGUUGCCUCUGGGGAAAGGCAACAGAAAGGGCUGACUUUGUGCGAUAUAAAUGGGACAGGCUCUGGACUGGCUGCAUCAUCACUAUUGGUACCCGACGCUUUUAUCGCUCAAUCCAGCCUCGCGGGUCGAGGUCGAAGCAGAACACGAACGGAAAGCCAACAGAUCUACGCGUCCCUUAGCUUCCAGCUCCAAAAAACCCAGCGCAAAUAUCUCGGCCGAUCGAGCUUCUCUUCGACAGUGUUUGCGCGACUACUCGAGCGUGCAGCUGGACAUAGUCAAGGAUAGAUCACUCGCGGGUCCGCAAAAACCGUUUCUGGAACAGGUCUGUAAGAAGGUGGUCAAGCUGGCUCUGGGAUUGGACGAAGCGAGGAGUCUGAGCGGAGAGGCGCUGGAAGAAGUGGACUUGGAAGAGAGGCCCUUCUUGGACUUGGUCGAGGUGCUCGUUGAAGAGAACAUCGAGCUGCAAUGCAACGCUUCGUGCGUACCCAGUGUGUACAAGCAAAGCUGGCGAAGCGAUUUACCCUUGACUGACCUUCCCCCGUCUUUGCUGUACGUCGUCCUGUAGACGAAUCUCGGAUCUCUUGGGAUCCGCCUCGACAGAAGGGAGCGCUUCUGCGAAUACGCUGUGCAGCACAUGGCAACAGCUUCUUACUCACACCUUGGCUGCUCUACCCGCUUUAUCUUACACGCUCUCGGAUUACCUUGUUGAUCGACUCUGUCCCGGCCCUAGCGACUCUUCAGAUCGACAUUUGCCAAAUGAAGUCUCUCUAUUCAGCAAGAGUGGCCGACGAGGAUCGAGCGCACUGGUGAUGCUCGUUCUGCAGGAGCAGGAAAGGUUGGACAACCUGGCGGCUGGGAGAAGGAUGCUCCUGAAUGGGGAGGAAGUCGAUGAUGAGAUGUCUGACAGUGAAGAAGGCUUGGCGAUGCACGUCGCCAAGAGGUGUCUGAAACGCUCAAACAAGCAGUGAGUUUGAGCCUCGACUGUCGUCUAACAGCGGAUGGUGUAAGCCUCCGCUACAGAGAGGUACAAUGCCUGAUCUUGUGCGCCGAACUUCGCGCCAUUCGUGAACGCGCAGCUCUGUACGACUAGCCAAAGCCAUUUGCAGAAACAGACCGGAGCUGGAGAAUCAGCUUCGCCCGCUGUUGCAUACCAUCAAAGUUUUGGGAAUCGAAGGAUUUGCCAGCCGAGCUGAGAAGCACGAUCUGACGACCUUGCCGCUUGCGCAUGAAGAGGCGGAGCCGUCGAGGGACGCGGAUGCUCUGCAAGAUGUCGGUGAACAACAUGCGCGUCAGCAGGUCCUGAGCACGGGAUUCGAAGACGCCGUGAACCUCAUGGCUGCCCGAUUGAAAGAACUGCAAGCGCGCGUGAGUCUUUGCCUUGCACAUUUAUGACCUGAGAUCUCGCGCGCACGCGCACAGCACUCAUGCUCGUCUGGCUUUUCUCGCGGGGCAGAAAGCGGCUGCGGGUGCGGCGGCAGGUGCUACUUCUCCCUCUUAUCAGUCCGAUGACGAGCAGGUUCGGAAUGAUGAAGACGAAGAUAUGCGGAUGGCAGAAGGGUCGAUCGCCAAUGCUGCUGAAGAAGAGGUGCAGCAAGAGGAAGAGGAAGAUUGGUCGAACGUGCCCGGAUGGAGUAGAGCUUCGAAAGAGUUCAAACCUUGUCCGAUCGGCUGGCCGCCUGCUGAUCUGUUCUUACCGAUCUAGAUUCAUUUUGCAAGCUCCUUCUUGGAUCCUCCUUCCCAUCUGACUCUUUUGCGCUGCCGGCCUUGUUCGGACCAUGGACAUCCGUAGACAAUGUGCACUUGGCUGGUGCUAGGUGGAAUGUGCGCCCUACGAAUAGACAUUCAGACUGUAUAUCACAUGAUACCACGAUUGUGCCUGUCAGAGAUGAUAGGAUGUUACCCAAUGAUCGACACUAGUCUCACAUGACAAGCUGCAUCGCUUGGCUCUCGCUGUAAUUGAAAUUCUUGACUUGAUCCAGCGCUGUUGCUCAAAUCCCAUCCGGUUGAAUCGUGAAUUGCGUACUCAUGACUUUGAGUACGGGUUGUCUUUGCGCUAACACGUGACAGGCGGCCUCCCAGCCUGUGAAGCGCGCGUGUGCGUGCGCGGUGCGGCGUUGAAGACCCGCACAGCUCCUCCACGUCACGCUAUACGAGUGAGUUGACAUGAUUUGCCGCACCUUGCGUUGCGAGAACAGACAAUCACGAACGCUGAUGAGACUCAUGCUUGCGCUUCCGCCCAUGACUUCUGCAAUUCGUGUCCAACAGUCACCAGUCUUGCUCACGUCCCUCCCACAGCUUCCGAACGCCCGACCUUGAUAUCGUCAUCGACCAGUCGACUUUGCUAGCGUGAUACGCGGAGUCUGUUUGCAGAUCGGCAAUUCGCCUAUUCGAGUCUUUGAAGACGAACUCAAUAGCGCUUCAAUCUUUCGAAGAGGAGUCAUCCAACCGCAGUGCAGAAGCAAAAGUGGCACACAGGUUCGGGAAUUGAAACGAGUCGGGACGCAGCGUUGCGGGUGUCGCAGCUUUAACCCUUUGAUCUGGUCUAGACCGGCACACACUACGCGCUGCCGAAGAUGGACGAAAUGUGAGCUGGCUUCGCACUCGUCGUGGUGCGAUUUGGAGGGCACAAGUGGCGCACAACCGCGGUGUAGCACCCACACUGACACUUCUUUGAUGGCCUAACGCGAUUCGGUGGCGCAGCAACAAGAUUCCCCCGGUCACUCGCACCAUGCUAGCCUCCCUCAUGGCAGUGACCAUCCCAGUGCUGCUCAAGCUCAUCAGCCCCUACCACUUCAUUCUUUGGUGGCCCAUGAUCACCCAGAAAUGGCAAUUCUGGAGGUUCUACACUGCUUUCUUCUUCGGAUCAAGUGGCAUACAAUUCUUGUUCGAUGUGUUCAUGCUUUUGUGAGUAGGCAUCCGCAUCGCAGAGGUGCUGCCCUCGAAAGAUGCAGGUCGCCGCGCGCCAAACCGGGCCAUUUGGCGGGAGCUGCGACGCUGCGCUUCGCGACUUCACAGGAGCGUGGCCAGAAUCUGACACGAGCAUCAUCACACUGUCUAUCAGCCGCAACGCUUCAGAGCUCGAGAUCGGACACUUCCACCGACGCACAGCCGACUUUGUCAGGGCCAUCUUCGUCGUGGCCAUCGUCAUCAUAGUGAGUGGCAGCCCGUACGUAUGCCCUUUGCCUGUUCGAGGUUCAAAGGCUCUCAAGCACGCCUUCACCUUCAUCUCUAUAGGCGACGAAUUACCCGCUGUCCAACAGCGUCCUCUUUCAUCCGUUGCUCAGUGGCUUGAGUGUAAGUCGCAACUGCACAGCUCAAUUCGGCGAGCACUGCACGCAGAAUGCUGAACAAUCCAAGUGUGCGCAACGAGCUUAUCCACACUUUGCAUCCACCUCUCUCUAUACGUCCAGUACCUGUGGUCGAGAGCCAACCCGCAUGGCAGCGUGUCUCUGUUUGGAUUCGUGACGAUCCCGGCUCGAUGGGUGCCUUAUGCCUAUUUGGGGCUAGACGUAUUGAUGGUGGGACCACCCCAAGCCAUCCUGAGCGCGACGGGCAUCAUAGGAGGACACACGUACUGGUUUCUCGAGCACAUUCUGCCCGAGUCUAGUGGAGGAAGGGGCCCAAGGUACUUGCCCGCUACGCCUGCUUGGCUUAGGAGACAGUUUCCUGACAGUGUGGAUCCGAACCAGAGGGGAGGAGGAGGGCAAGGCGGAGGAGGUGCAGGUGCUUGGGCACCUAGGGGACGCUCCUUCGGUGAUGGUGGAGGAAGUGCAUCCACCACUUCUUCGGGGGGUUCUGCUGCAAACAUGGCUGGCAGAGGCAGGUCGCUAGGAAGCAAUUCUAGAACGGGCAGCAGCUGGACAAGCACAAUCAGGAAUUGGAUGACUGGAACUGGAGCUGGUGGAGGAGGAUCUGCGGCUAGCUACGCUGCUCCUUCAGCCUCUGGAUCACGCACCAGCAAUGUCGGAGGCCCAAAUAGGGAAGAGAUGUAUCGAGCGGCCGAAGCGAGACUGAGGAAGAUGAGGGAAGGCAGCAUCGCCGGCAAGAACGAAAAGGCGAGCGCAUUAGCCGCUGCUGCUCGAGCUGCGAACGCAGAAAAAGCGUUUACGCGGAGGACAACAGCCGGCUCGGUCGGCUCGAGCGGUGUUGCGCGAUCCGCAACUUUUGCGGAGAUGAAAGCGAGGGAGGAAAAGGAGUCUGAAGGGGGGAACAAGACCGGAAGUGCGAGCGGAGGAAGAGUGAUGGAGGAACGAAGAGAUGCGGACGAUGAUCAAGAUGACGCACGUCAACGAGCUGGGGUGAGCUCUGAUGGCCCUACUGAUAGCUGGAAAGGCAAAGGAAGAACACUUGCGGAUUGA